GUAUUUGAGAAAACACGACUUGCUCUUUAGUAUUGCGUGCGUUCUCGAGCUGGCCACUCGCAAAUUUCUUUGCACAAGAAAUAAUAUCACUGACACGUCGAGUGAUAACAGCAUGAAUCACUCUUAGUUUGAAGCGUGCCGCGAGCCACGAGUACGGUUUCGAUUCUGCGCUCUUCGCUUUUUCGAGGCGUUCGAUUAAACCACGAGAAUACCUCCAUUUUGACAGUACGCCGGCAAAAUCGCGUGGAGCACGCGGAUCAGCUGUGUGACUAUUUUUGUCGAUUAUAUAGAAGACGUACUGUCUCUUACUGGUACGAAGGUACAGAAAAUAAUAACGUGUCUGUGUGCUACCUUAUUGUGGAGCUUUCUUAUAAAUACGGCGUGAGUGCAACGCAUCAUGGCGGUGGAAUCGAGAUGGAUGCCGUGUCAGCUGAAAGUUGAAACGAAUUUGUGCAGUGGCGAUUACGAUGGUAUUAUUUUGGUGUCAGGAAAUGCUCCUGGAUCCGACGAGCCGGAACCCUUCAAAACCGUCCUUUACGCUGCUGCCCAGAUCGAUGCCGCACUGGGCGUGAUCGGCGCGGUUUUGCCCAUCAAUUUGCUCGCAAAAAGGCUCAUUUACAGUCCAACGGGCCCGCUUAACAUGGAUUAUCACGAUGUGCGAAGCUUCGCAGAAGCUACCACGAAGGGAAUAAAACGAGCUCUACAAGCUGGUGUAAAGAGUCCUCUAUUAGUGCUGUUACCGGAUGAUCGUUUUGAGAAUGUCGAGCUGGUCACGCUUCUUGGUGCACUCGAGGCUCUCUACGUGCCUUUGGAGGUGCGAGAGAUAUGUCCGGAUCGGCGUUACAAAGCGUGUCAACUCGGAGUGUGGAGUCCGAUUUGUCCUAAGAAGCUUCAGGGUAUCGUGAAACUCGCCUCGGCGCUCGAGAGUGGCAGAUACGUCGCAAGGGACAUUGGAGGCGCAGAUCCCGAAAGAAUGGCACCCUUGCGAGUGGAGGAAUAUCUGGUGGAGCUGUUUUGCGGAUCGAAUAUCACGAUACAAGUGAUAUCCGAUCAGGACACCCUGCUUCAGGAAUACCCGCUGUUCGCCUGUGUAAAUCGCGCUGCUUCGGUGAUACCGCGUCACGCCGGUAGGAUUAUAUUUUUGACCUACGAGCCGCCCACCUGCGUCUUGGAGACGAUCAUGCUCGUGGGAAAGGGUGUCACUUAUGAUACCGGUGGCGCCGACAUCAAGUGCCAAGGCAUCAUGGCAGGCAUGUCGAGGGACAAAUGUGGCGCGGCCGCCUGCGCUGGAUUCAUGCAGACAGUGAAUUUAUUGCAACCACCGACAGUCAAGGUCGUCGCCGCUUUAUGCGUAGUAAGAAAUAGCGUAGGCGAGAACUGUUAUGUUGCUGAUGAAUUGAUAACGGCAAAAUCCGGUGCGAGGGUACGCGUGGGCAACACGGACGCCGAGGGCAGAAUGGCUAUGGCCGAUGCCCUGUAUCAUCUCAAAGAAAUGGCCCUGUGUUCCGUGAACCCGCAUCUCUUCACGAUAGCCACGUUGACAGGUCACGCAUUCUUAUCCGCGGGUCCAGGAUAUUCCAUUGCGAUGGAUAACGCUGUGGCACGACUAUCAAGUAAUGCGGAGAAGCUUCAAGCUUCCGGUGAAACUAUGGGUGAUCCUUUUGAAAUAUCGCGAAUACGUAGAGAGGAUUUUCACUUCCAUGAGGGAAUCGCGGAAGGUGACGACAUUCGUCAAGCGGUGAAUCAACUUAGUUCCAAAAUUCCGCGAGGUCAUCAAGGACCGGCCGCUUUUCUAAUUAAGGCGUCUGGAAUAGACAAGCACGGUAUUGGAUCGGAGAAGCCUUUAAAAUACUGUCACCUGGAUAUAGCCGGCAGUGCCGGUGAUUUACCUGAACAACCAACCGGUUCUCCGAUUUUAGCACUAGCUAAAGCGUUUCUUUUUGAUAAAAUAGAUACUGCGGACACCAAAGAUCCGUGAUAUAUUAAUACCAACUGCCUUAUUCGUUAAGAUAUCUUUAAAAUAAUUAAUAUUUAAAAGCUCGCGCUAAAGAAUUUUGCAUAUUAUCCGAAAAAUAACGAUUAAUUAUUCGUAAAUCCUUGAUCCUCUUCCGCGUAAGCUGUACAAAUUAUAUAAAUUUAUUUCAAAUAAUCACAUUCACAUAAACGAUUAUUAUAGAAUUAUUUGUACAGUGUCAAACUUAUUAAUAAAUGUUACAGACACAUAUUUAAGAUGGCAAAAUUUUAGAAGUAACAAAUUUUUAUUUCUAUUG